AGGCAACGAAUAAAGAGUGAUCCGAUUUCAGUUCCAAAUGGCAGAUCGUCUGUCACUGACGCUUCUACAAGCUCAAUCCCCUAACUCACCAACCAUGGCUUCCUCGCUCAGUGGUGCCGCCGCUAAUCGCAUCCUUCCCGUCGCCUCCAGAGCACGCUUUUCUCUCUCCCUCUCCUCCGCUUCCCGCUCUUCACUCUCUCUUUCCUCACCGUCAUGUCCUCUCUCCUCUGCCAAAUGCUUCCGUUUCUCUCCUUUCAUCUCCCAUUUAAGUCUCAACAGUCAGAGGAGAUCGAUGGUUAAUGUUUCGAGUAGAGGUUUUGGCACUGUGGCAGCAGCCUUGGAUCUUGAACAGUUGAAGAGUGCAAAGGACGAUAUCAAGGAGAUUCUGAAGACUCAAUUUUGCCAUCCGAUUCUGGUUCGCUUAGGAUGGCAUGAUGCUGGUACUUACAACAAGAACAUUGAAGAGUGGCCACAGAGGGGUGGAGCUAAUGGAAGUCUCAGAUUUGAAGUUGAGCUUAAGCACGGAGCCAAUGCUGGUCUUGUCAAUGCGUUGAAAGUUAUCCAACCUAUUAAAGACAAGUAUUCUGAUGUGACCUAUGCUGACUUAUUCCAAUUGGCUAGUGCAACUGCUAUCGAGGAAGCUGGAGGCCCCAAGAUUCCAAUGAAGUAUGGAAGGGUGGACGUGACAGUACCUGAGCAGUGCCCUGAAGAGGGGAGGCUUCCUGCUGCUGGGCCCCCUUCACCAGCCGAUCACUUACGGGAGGUUUUCUAUAGAAUGGGACUGAAUGACAAAGAGGUAGUUGCAUUAUCAGGUGCACAUACGCUCGGAAGGUCUAGACCUGAACGGAGUGGCUGGGGAAAACCUGAGACAAAGUACACGAAAGACGGUCCUGGAGCACCAGGGGGACAGUCAUGGACAGUGCAAUGGCUGAAAUUUGAUAAUUCCUACUUCAAGGAUAUCAAAGAAAGAAAGGAUGAAAAUCUACUUGUGCUGCCAACUGAUGCUGUUCUCUUUGAAGAUCCUUCUUUCAAGGUAUAUGCUGAGAAAUAUGCUGAAGAUCAGGAGGCCUUUUUCAAGGAUUAUGCUGAAGCCCAUGCCAAGCUCAGUAACCUUGGGGCUAAAUUUGAUCCUCCAGAGGGUAUUUUCCUAGAUGGUCCAAAACAAGCUGUACCGGAGAAGUUUGUGGCUGCAAAGUACUCCUCUGGGAAGGAUUAAGAAACAAGUAUCUUGUUUUCUUGUGCCGUAUCUUUUAUUAACACGAGUUCAAGCUAUUUUCAAAUCCUUGUAUACACACAUCUAAAACUUGGAAGUCUAAUGAAGGAGAAAGCAAUAAAAUUCAAACAAUGUUGCCUAUUUGAAUUGCAGAGAGAGCUGUCAGACACCAUGAAGCAGAAAAUACGGGCAGAAUAUGAAGCAGUUGGUGGAAGCCCGGAUAAGCCUCUGCAGUCUAACUAUUUCCUAAAUAUCAUGAUUUUGAUUGCUGCAUUGGCAUUUUUGUCAUCUCUUGUUAUGAAUUAGCCUGGAUUUUUGUAGCGUGGUUAUAAAGAUAGCAUCAUUGUUUGCCAUUUUGUUUAACGAUAUUUUGGCUUGAGAAAUACUUUUACUCCU